UUUGAAGGUUAUGGAGAAGAUGUCUGAGAUAAGGAUACUAGGUCUAGAAACUUUCAACACUAGGCUCACUCCUGAAUAUGAGGCUUUACUAAAGGAAAACAUUGACAUUGGUCGUACUUGGACUGUUGUUCAGUCUAUGGAAAGAUUGUAUGAAGUCAGGUGGAGAGUUAAUGGUUUUCCUUGUGCCCAUGCUUGUGCUGCCAUUCAAGCUACUAGAGAAGACAUCUAUUCAUUUGUUGAGCCAUACUUCACCACCGAAUGGUACAACAGGACAUACCAACACAUCAUCUUGCCAAUCCCCAAUUAUGACAAGACGAAGUCUUAUGAUCCUAGUGAUAGGGUUAUUGUUCUUAUUCCUGUUCCUCCACCGGGUAGACGAAGAACACAUCGCAUCAAGAAUGCAUAUGAGAAGCAAAAGCGGGCUAUGAU